UUUUUUUUUUUUUUUUUUUUGUUUUAAAGUUGUUAGUUACUCCUGAAAUAACAAUAAAGAGGAAGAAGACGAUAAUAGAUGAAAUUAGAGUUAAAUUAAACCAAUUUUAAUAUUACCCAUUUUCCUUUCAUAUAGCGGAAGUCAUUCAUAGAUAUAGAUAGACUUGUCUUCAACAGAUCCACACCUCAAGUCACCCUUAACUCAACGUGAACGCUUGCUACUAUCUAAUCCUUUUAUUAUCUGAUCAAGUAAACAAACGAGACAAAUCCACAAGCAGAAAUAGAUUUAUAAUCAUUACAGUUUAAAAGAUGUCAGAGGGGAUUCAACCUUCACCAAAUAACAAUAAUGAUGUUAAUCAUUAUUUCCCUCCACCUCCCACUACACCUAAGGCUAGAUCAACCACUCCUAAAGGCAAAGGGGGGAAUAAUAAUCGUUACCACGAUGAUGAUGUGGAUGAGGAAGAUGACGACGAUGAUGACGAUGACGAUGAUGAUGAUGAAGAGGAUGAUGAUGAUGUGAUAGAUGAUGCUUAUGAAAUUAAUACUAGAGCAAGUUCACCUCCCAGUAUGAAUAGUGUCCUUAAACCUCCCAUCACUCCCCCAAAUAAUCAUAUUAAUAGUGAGUUUGAUCAUAAUGAUAAUAUCAUCAUUGCUCAUAGUAGUUCUGAUAAUGAUAAUAAUAACAAUAGUAAUACCACUAAUGAUAAUGAUUUCGUAUAUGCUCCACCCAAAUCACCCCUUAUCUCCAUCACUGAUUCAAUGAUGAAUAUAACUCCCUUAAGUUCAAAUAAUCAAUAUCUGGAUGAUUUUGUGGUUUAUUCCGAUUCAGAUGGUGCUUCUCAAAGUUCACUUGAUUUAAAGAAUCCUCAUUCUCAUAUCCCUCAUACCAGACAUAUUGAUGAUAUCACCAGUAUAAUUAAUUCUGUUAAUAGUAGUAGUGAUGCUGUUAAUACAACAUCAAAAUCAAAUAUUAAAAAAUCAAUAGCGAAAAAAUCAUCAAAUUUAUCAACUCCAAAGAGAAGAAGUAAAUCUCCAAGAAAGGGCUCAGGCUCUUCAACAGCUGGUACUGAUACUGAAGAAGCUAGUGCUACCGGUACAAAUCCAACUCCAACUGCUAGCGCUACUGCUACCCCUAAAUCAAGAAAAAAAAUACGAAGAAAAUCAAAUCGGUCUGAAGUUGGUAGUGAAUAUGUUGGAACUGGUUAUACUCUGACUCCUGCUACAGGUAAGAUUUUCCGAAAUUUACUUAUACUUGAAGAAAGUUUACGUGAACAAGUUCGUCAACAACGUGCUUUAAGACGAAAAUAUCUUACAUUCUUAGCUGUUUUAUGUUCAUUAAUUGCAUCUAUAACUCAUCAUUUAUUUUUGGUGGAUGAUUCAUUAUCUUCAAGUGGAACUAGAAGAGUUAUAUUACAAUUCACAUUAUUAGCUUUGAUAGUUACCUUAAUGUUAUAUCAUUUAUCAGGAGAAUAUCAAAAGACUAUUGUAUUACCAAGAAAGUUUUUAUCAUCUACAAAUAAAGGAUUAAGACAAUUGAAUGUUAGAUUAGUUAAGAUUAAUACUCCAUUAACUGAUAAAAUCAUUGAUUUAAUCCGAGAAAUAUCAUUAUUUAUGGUUUCAUCAUGUUUAAAUUCAUUUCAUAGAAUAUCCCCAUCAUCGAUUCAAAAUCGAAAUUCAAAAUUAGAAGUAUUUUUGGUAUCAUGUCAAUCUCAAUGUCAACCUCGAAUUGGGGUUACUGAUGUUAAAUUAGUUCUUAAUGCUAGAGUAUUCAAUCUUGAUGUUAGAGAAGGAUGGGAAGUUUAUCGUAGUGAAUUUUGGGUUCAUGAAGGAGUUAGAAGAAGAAAUCAAAUGAUGGAUUUUGUUACAAGUUAUGGCUUAACUGAUGAUUUAGAUAAAAGUAAAUUAUUAACUAAAGAUAAACGAGAAAGAAGAAAUAGAAGAAAGAAUUCUCAAUCGAAUGUAUCAACAUCAACAGGGAUUUCAAUGUCAAAUUCAAAUUUAAUACCUUCAACACCAAUUGUUAAUCGAUUAAGUGAACAAAAUUUACAAAGAUUAAUGAAUAAUCAUCAAAGUAGAAGUACGAGUCCUUUAAGAAGUGGUAGUUUUGGACCUGAAUCAGUUGAAUCAAAUGACGAAUGAGUAAAUAGUAAGUAUAUAGAGUACUUACAUAAUGUUAUCAAAUUAUUUAUUAUAAAUUGUAUAUUAAAUUAGUAAAUAGUUAUUAAUUGAGAUUUUGCUUUCACUAAUUAAACUGUUGAAACCAUAACUUGUGAAAUAUUUAUUCUUGGUUUAUAUGUCC